AUGGCAACAUCAGCCAGACAAGAAAAUAACGGCUUUAAUUCCUUUCUUGAUAAAUAUCGUUCGAAUUUAAAUACACCGCGAGGUCCAACCGGCUACGUACCAAGUUGUUGUCAAUGUACUUCACCACGAGGUAAUAAUUUUCAACAACAAACUAAUUAUUUAACGUCGCAACAAAAUUCGCAAAACUAUGGAGCGAAUGCUGAUACGACAUUAUUACGUGCAACAGGCAAUGUUAUUCGCGAUGAACGCAUGGGUAAUGAAAUUCUUGCUCGUGCUGGCCCAAGUCAUCAUUAUCAGCGUUCCGAUUAUCGAACCCAUGAAAUCAUUGCACCGGAAGGUCGAUUAGAAAAUUUAAAUGUACAAUCGGACCACGAACCGUUGAGAGUGGUCAAACCAACUGAUCAAAAUAUUCAUUAUAAACAACAGGUUAAUGUGCGAUUUCUAGAACCACCACCAGGUCCUGAACCAGCACCCAUCAUUAUCAAAGAACGACAAGCACCAGCUCCACCUCCACCGCCACCAUUGGUUAUUCGACAACGUCCACCAACACCGCCCACACCACCGCCACUUAUUAUCCGUGAGCGUCCGCCCACUCCACCAGUACAACAACAGCCACAAAUUAUUGAAAAGAUUCUACCAGCUCCCCCAGCGCCACCUCGGCAAGUUAUUGUCGAGCGACUUCCACCACCGCCACCAAAACCACGGCAGGUUAUUUAUGAAAAAUGGCUACCUUACGAAGAAACAAAAGAGCGACCAGUUAUUGUCCAACGAGCACCACCUGCUGAAAUGAUUAAACCAGCAAAAAAUCUGAUUAUCGAAUAUGAACAGCCAAAAGCUCAUCACGAGCAAGUUGUCGUUGAUGAAGGUGUCUUUCGCGCUGAUCCUCAAACACACAAUGCUACGAGUACACAUGGUGAAAUACGCAUUGUUGACAAGAUCACUGACCUCCCAGUGAAUUAUUCGAAAUACUUAACAAAUCGUCGUUCAUCAACAAACUCAUUACCACCGUCAUCGAACCAAACACAGAUGGUUCAACCACAAUUUAGUACAGCUGAACCAACACAACAAUAUCGUUCAACAGCAUCGAAUUAUCCAGGUGCAUAUACAACAACAUAUCGUUCAUCGUAUAAAAAUCAAUACGAUCUGCGAAAUGGUUUGGGGCAAGGCGGUGGUAAUAAUGUUAAUCAAUCGGCAUCCUUCUCAAAAUAUACUUAA